AGAAAGAAAACAUAGCAAGAGGACCAGACAGAAGCUUCAAACAGACAGACAUUUCAUGGGCUCGAAGCUUCUUUCCAUUUGGAAUUACAUCUACGAUUGAAUCCAACACCAUGUAUCGCGUCCUCCUGUUGCUCUGUGCAGGUCUUUCCCUGUCCACCUGUGACAUCACCGUUCUGCUAAACUCCGACAUUCGCCUUCCUUGUCUUCCUGAUGAUGCCCCUGUGCUGGCUGACCCCAAAUACACCUGGAGCUUCACGUCUGCUCACAAACAGGAGAACUACAGACUCGAGGAAGGGAAAACCUUGAACCUCAGAAACAUAAAAACCACCCAAGAGGGACAGUACAAGUGUGUUCAGGAGGGUUUUAUAGGAGAGGAUCGUUUCAAGUUGAGCAGAACAUUCACAAUACGUGUGGAAGUGCCGCCACCCUUUCAGCAAUGGCAGGUCGUCAAAGUAGCAGCUGGUAGUGAUGCGAUGCUUCAGUGCAAGGUUGAUGAAGUGUUCUCUUCCAGCGAGACAGAAAAUCCUCCUGUUGUUUGGAAACAAAAGACAGAAAAUGGUGUGAUGCUUCUCAACAUUGACAAAAACACAGACAACCAAAAGGAGGAGAACAAGACAUCUCAGAGGGUUUUCUGGGACAUCCGCCCUGAAGAACACGACUGGGCGAUUAAAAUUAGUCAGACCGGAGUGGAUGAUGCUGGGAUGUACCACUGUGUCAUAACAAAGACAUCUCAGACGCUGUCAGUAGAACUGGAAGUGGAAGCCCCUCCUCUGCCCCGCUGCUUUGGGCACACUGACCCAUGGGAGCCUUGUAACGAACAGGACAGCAGAUCAGGGAAGCAAAUUCUGGCGGAAUCACUUACAGAAUUCUCCUCCUAUGUAUACGCCGAUCUGAAAGGUUCAAAACCCGAAACCAACUUGAUCUUCUCCCCAUUCAGCCUUGCUGUAGCUCUUUAUAACCUGCUACUGGGUGCUCGAGGUGAGACCAGAACACAGUUGGAACAUGCUCUUAGUCUUCCCUCUGAAUUCUCCUGUGUGCAUUACGAGACAAAGAAACUGAAACAAGUGAUAAAGGACACACUGGAAAUGGCCUCUGCCAUCUUUUAUUCCCCAGAGCAAGAGUUGGGAAAAGCUUUUGUCAACCAAUCACUGGAGUUCUAUAAUGUCAAGCCACAGAAGCUGACCAAUGACAGCAGUCAAAACGUGAAUCUCAUCAACAAAUGGGUGGCAAAAAAGACAAACAAGAAAAUCACUGAGUUAAUUGCUGAUAUGGAUCAAGUUACCACCUUUGUUCUGGUAAAUGCUGUCUACUUUAAUGGUAAAUGGAAGACAGUUUUUGAAUUCACAAAUAAACGAGAAAAGUUCAUGACAUUUUCAGGUGAGCUCAAAAAUGUGCAGACUCUUUACAGCUCUAAGUACAGCAUUCAAAUGGGAUACAUCAAAGCUUUACAGGCUGAGGUUGGAAAGUUCCCUCUUACGGGCAAAAACAGUCUGUACAUACUGAUCCCGCCAACAACAUCAAAAGAAUCCUUUGUAUUGAUGGAGAAAAACAUAAACAAAGACUCUAUUAAAGCAAUGGUUUCUGAGAUUAACAAAAUCCAAGCCCAAACCACUGAGGUCACACUGCCUAAAAUUAAACUGACAGUUAACACCCAAUUGGAGGGCUUACUGAUAAAACUGGGUUUGGAAGACCUCUUCACAGCGCCUAACUUGUGUGGAAUAUUUCCGGGGGAUUCUGAAUCAUUCAUCUCAGAUGCUCGUCACAGUGCCUUUUUCUCGAUGACGGAGACGGGAGUGGAGGCCGCCGCAGCCACAAGCAUUUCUUUUUCUCGGUCCUUGUCUGUCUUCUCGGCUCUACAGCCCUUCGUUCUGAUAUUGUGGAGCGAUGAGGCUGGCGCUCCUCUGUUCAUGGGAAGAAUAGUUGAUGUCUCAUCAUAAAAAAAGAAUGAAACUCUGUUCAACAUUCAUUCAUUUAUCACAAACAAAUGCAUUUGUAACCACAUCAUGUUAUGCAUAGAAUCAGAACGCAUGCAGAUGUCGGUCAUUAAAGAUGUACUUUACCAUG